UCACAAUCCAGUCUCGGUGCUGGUAGAGUAGUCAGUAGUCCGUUGUACAGAAACCAGUUCGCGCGAUAUUCCGCUUAGCUGCUGCAAUCAGGUUUCGGUGUGUCAGUGCUUUUCUGAUCGUUUGUGCUUGCUGUCAAGUGCGUUUUUCUGGUGUGCGGUCGAAUCAUUCUUUGCAUGAGAUAUCCUUUUCGCGGUGGACACAACCGUAACUGUUACGAAGCGGAUUCACCCGCGGAGCUCAACGGUAGCUGAUUUGUUCCUCCGGGGACAUUUCUGGCCACUCGGUGAGUCCCAUCGGUCCGCUAGGUGGUAGGAAUUUGCGUGUUUUAGGUGCAGUUGUUUGUGGAUUUUUUCGCUUGCAACCCAACCAGUGUCAAUGUGCUGUGUCCUGGAAGGAAAAAAACGAAAGAAAACAAAUAAAACACUGAUAAGUACCACAUUUGUUUGCGUGCGGGUUGAUCAUUUAAAAUAAAAUUUACAUGCAGAAUAAUUGAAGUAUGUAGAAAUCGAAUGAAAUUGCUUCCUGAGACGACGAUCAUAGGGAAGUGAACUCUUGCAACUUCAGAGCAGUCCGCGUGAGAGAGAGAGAGAGAGAACGGGGCGAGAUCGGGAAGCUGGAAUAAAGAAGAAAGAUUUGCACUCUCGUUUUUCAACGCCUGCCCGUUUGUUUGCUGGCACAGCACGCAAGGAAGAAUAUUUUCGUCGUCAUGCUUGCGUAGAUCGGUGUAAGUGCGUACCGCUGCAUGUGUGCGAGUUGGUCUUGAAUGAAAACAUUCGUCGGCGCGAUUGGAAAAGAAUCACGAUUCCCGGUCAGGAGCAGAAGCAACAGCAGUAGCAGGAUAUGAAGUGUUACCGUGGAGACGAAUGGAAGAAUUGUUUUUCUUUCGAUGAUUGAUAGUGUUAAUAGUCUUAUUGGGAGUGCGCCCGAUCAGUGAAUCGGUGCCGAAUCCAGGUGAAUUAAAAAAAACGGUGAAGAUUAGUAAUACCAAAAAUUCUGGGCGAAGAAAAUCGAUUUGUACGUGGUCUAUGUGUUAGUGUAGAUUGUUAUUUAAUCGAGUGCUUGAGCUAGUGAUAAGAGGAUCGGUCAGUGAUAAAGGGUUUAAUUCAUAACUUCAGUGUCAGUGAGAAGAGUUCAUACCAAAAUGUGCGACAGUGAGUGUGUUGUCAGCUCUCCAGGUGCCAACGGCACUAACAAUAAUGUUAACAACACAAACAACAGUGGCACCGGUUGCUCCACUAACGGUCUGCUGGUGGAGGCCAUCAAUCCUGCGAUUCAUAUGGCAACUUCGCUGUCAGCGCCCUCGAUGCACCCGCAGCCCACUCACCAGCAGCAGAAUGAAUACAUAUCUCCCCAGGAGCUUGCCAGGGAAAACCAUUGGUUGAGGGAAAAGUUGAAGGAGAUCACCAGCGAUCGGGAUCGGUUACUGUGUGAAGUGGCGAAUCUGCGAUUGGAGCUGGAUAUGGCGGAACUCAAGAGACUUCCGGAAGACAGGUAUGUCAACUGAUCUGUGUGCUCUUUGGAACAUCUUUUGCCAAGUGCCAACUACAAUUAUAUUACAACACCAAUAAUUAUGCCAAAAUGCCAUUGAAAUAAACUGACACAUGGACCCGGCAUGAUAAGUAGCUUUGCUGCAUACGCUUUCAUAAUCGGAUUCACUAUUAUUAAUGGGACGCCGAAGGAACAAGUGCUCAUAUUAUCAAAAAUCAUGCAUGCAUGAACAAUGGAGUUAUUGUCUCCAUAAUUCAUGCCUCUCUGCACUCAUUUUCCACGCUAACCAUGUAUUCGAAGCCUUUUGCAUCGCUUUAUCACAUUAUUUGCACAUUUUAUUUCAACUCAAGCCAUCGAAGCCACUGUUCACGGACAGUCAACCAGUCAAUGCCAGCUACAAUUUCCUUUCUACGAUCUCUGGGGUGUGACGCUUCCUUUGGAAACAGGAACUUGGUGAAUGCGAAAGCUUGUAACACAAGGAAAACCUACGAAUGAUACCCCAAAUGAUUGUCAAUCUUUCAGUUUAUAUGUCAAAUCUGCCCAAUUCAAUUUUAUCGAAUAAUAUUUCUGUUUGGAAAAUGUAGUAGAACAUCAAAAUUUCACUGUGAGACAGAAACAAAAACUCAAACGUGCAGACUUAAUUACUAAUAACAAGUUUUUGCUCAAGACAUAGAACCAAUAUACAUAUUCUUAGCGCAUCGUCUACGUCUUGUCUGGGCCAAACCGUUCAAAUUGAAUUGCAAGUAAUAAUUAUUAUACAACUAAUUAAUUAUUUAACUUUAGUCCAAAAUUAUUAUUAUUAUUUUUUUUCAAAUCGAAACUUGCUGAUUGUAUUGUUUUCGAUUUGUAGAAUAAAAAAAUUAAAAACUGCUUGUUAAUAAAACCGAUAAAGUAUUAAUAACGCAUACGUCACACAUUCGGUUACAUACCCGGAACCGCAAUACUACAUACUACAUUGGCACUUGACCAUUGAAAGCAUUUCAACAAGCUCAAUUUUGUCGGUAUCCAUCGAGAUAGCUCUCGAGAAGUAGCGCGUUUUUGUUCAUUACGUCAAAUAUGCGGAGAGAAUCGUCUCCGACAGAACUCGAACCCAUAACCUUCGGCUUACCGUGGAGAACGACCUUCUAUAUACCAAUCUACUCUGGUACAUUAGGGAUUACGUUCAUGAAACAUGUUUCUUUUAGUUGAACCAAAAAGAAAACGUGCCUUAUCUACCUAGCAGUGCGAUGA